UGAGCAUAUGCAUUAUUGUUUGCGCAUUGGUUAAUUGGGUGUAAGACAAGGAUAUGUAAUAGUACUACUUGAAAGAAAUUCGGUGCUAUUUCAUAUUGCAGCUUCACUUGGUUUCAUCAAUGUUUUUCUUAUGUUAGAUAAAUCAAAUAAUUUAAGACUAUAAAUAAAAUGUCUGAAAGAGACUAUGCACCUCUGAGCAUAGCUUGCGUUCGCGGGCUAUGCGACAAAAUAUAUGACAAGCGGAAAUUUGCUGGCGUCGAGAUUGAGAAGAUGGUGAAAGACUUCAGUGAUGCAAAGAACACAAGUCAGAUUAAGAGAUUGAUCCGAGUCCUGGGUCAGGAUUUGAUGUCCUCCACCAACCCCAAUGUGAAGAAUGGGGCACUUAUGGGACUGUCCUCAGUAGCUGUUGGCUUGGGGAAGGGCUGCAUCGAGUACCUGCCCGAGCUGGUGCACCCGAUCGUGGCGUGCUUCAGCGAGAGCGAGUCGCGCGUGCGCUACCAGGCGGCCGAGGCGCUGUUCAACGUGCUGAAGAUCGCGCGCGGCGAGGCGCUGGCGCACUUCCCGCUCGUGUUCGACGCGCUGGCUCGCCUGGCCGCCGACCCCGAGCCGCAGGUCAAGCAGGGCGCCGAGCUGCUCGACCGCCUCGUCAAGGACAUAGUGACGGAGAGCCAGACGUUCGAGCUGGCGGCGUUCAUCCCGAUGGUGCGCGAGCGCAUCUACACGCGCAACGCGUUCGCGCGCCAGUUCAUCGUGUCGUGGGUGGCGGUGCUGGACGCCGUGCCCGACAUCGACCUCAUCCCGCACCUGCCCGAGCUGCUCGACGGACUCUUCAAGAUGCUCGACGAUGCCAAUUCCGAAAUCAGGCGGAUGUGUGACGUUCAACUAAAUGAGUUCCUAAGAAGCAUAAAGAAAGACCCCUCACGAGUGGACUUCCAGGCUAUGAUCAACAUACUGAUCACGCACGCGCAGUCGCCCGAAGAAAUGCUACAGCUGACGGCGAUCACGUGGAUCAAGGAGUUCGUGGAGCUGGCGGGCGCCGGCAUGCUGCCGUACGCGUCGGGCGUGCUGUGCGCCGUGCUGCCGUGCCUCGCCUACUCCGACGACCCGCGCAAGAGCAUACGCGAGACGGCGGCCACGGUGAACUUCCAGCUGACGAAGCUGGUGGUGUCGGGGGGCGGGGCGGAGGGCGGGGCGGAGGGCGGCCGGCUGGACCUGGACGCGCUGGUGGGCGUGCUGACGCAGCUGCUGCACCACAGCUCCGUGCACACGAAGGUGGCCGCGCUCGACUGGAUCCACAACCUCUACACCAAGCUGCCGCACCAGAUGUUCCUGCAGACGGACAAGCUGUUCGUGAGCGUGGUGGGCAGCCUGACGGACGCCGCCGACGACGUGGUGCGCCGCUCCCUGGCCGUGCUGGCCGAGGUGUGCUCCUGCGAGCCGCCCGACCCCGCCCACCCCGCCGAGCCGGCCGACCCGCCGCACCCCGCCGACCCCGCCGACCCGGCCGACACGUCGCACCCCGCCGACCCCGCCGACCCGCCACACUCCGCCGACCCCGCUGCGCGCCGCGACAGCGUGGUGCGGCCCGCUCGCGCUGGUGAGCUGGAGUCCAGUCCAUAUUUCUACAAGUUCCUGCAAGCGCUGCUGCGGCUGCUGGCCGCCGACGACAACUUGUUAGAAGACAGAGGUGCCUUCAUCAUCAGACAGCUGUGCGUGCUGCUGAACGCGGAGCAGCUGUACGUGGCGCUGGCGCGGGCGCUGCUGCGCGAGCGCGACCUGCGCUUCGUGGCCACCAUGGUGGACGUGCUCAGCACCAUCCUGCUCACCGCCGCCGAGCUCUACGACCUGCGCCUGCAGCUGCGCAGCUUCGACAAGCCGGCCACGCACUCGCUGUUCCGCUGGCUGUACGCGUGCUGGUGCCACAGCCCCGUGUCGCUGCUGGCGCUGUGUCUGCUCACGCACAACUACGCGCACUGCAACCGUCUCAUAUCCACCUUCGGGGACCUGGAGAUCACGGUGGACUUCCUCACUGAAGUAGAUAAAUUGGUGCAGCUCAUCGAAUCUCCAAUAUUCGCAUCGCGGCGGCGGGCGGCGACGCGGCGCUGGACUUCGAGGCGCUGCUGGCGCAGUUCGCGCGCGUGCAGGCGGCGCAGCGCCACUACCGCCUCAGCGCGCGCGCCUCGCUGCUCGACAAGGGCUACUCCUAGCCGCACAGCGCCACUACCGCCUCAGCGCGCGCGCCUCGCUGCUCGACAAGGGCUACUCCUAGCCGCACAGCGCCACUACCGCCUCAGCGCGCGCGCCUCGCUGCUCGACAAGGGCUACUCCUAGCCGCACAGCGCCACUACUAAGGGCUACUCCUAGCCGCGCACGUCUCCUCACGUCACCUGUCUCAAUCAGCUUGCUCGACUUAUUACGUCGUCCUUACGCGACAGACGUGUCGAAACCAGAAACUAUUGUUUCCGUAAAUUAUUUAUUUACAACACGAUGAGAAUAACGAAUGUCUCGCAGAAAAACUUAGUUACCACUUACUGCGCAAGCCAUGGACCUUGUAUUAUUAUUAGGCAUAAUAAGUAGAAACAAUUACAACAACAAUUGAAUCGCAAUAGCAGGGGCCCGCAUUGGUUUGCGAUUGGUCUGCUAUUUUAGUGAUUUUGGUCUAUACGGUAGUUUGCUCUACAAUCAUAUUGCAAUAGUUAAUCAUUUGUAGACAAAAUGAUUCAUUAUUGAAUGACAGAAAAGGAUAAAAACGUUUUUUUUUAAGAAAAAAUAGCGGAAUGCUACAUUCGUUUCAAUCGUAAUCGAGUCGGGAUUGGAUCGCAGUCGAACGUGAAUCGUAUGUCGCUUAAGUAAAAUUAGGAGAAUCGGGCCCCAGUUAUAACCUUAGCGGGCAUUCUGCUACUAAUAUAAGACCAGUCGUAUUCAAAUGACAUUAGAUUAGUUUGUCAUUGGUCUGCCAUCUGGUCUAUAGGGUAGUCUGCUCUUCAAUCAUGUUGCAGUUGUAAAUCAUUUGCAGACAAUAUGAUUCAUUAUUGAAUCACAGAAAAUGAUAAAAAUCUCUAUCUCUAAAUAUCUAUAAAAUCUAGCACCAAACUUAUUUUAAUAAAUAUUUUGUGAUCAAAACCAAAAAAAACACCUGAAACAUAUGUAUUUCAUUAUUGGGUUCACUAAAUUCCCUCGAUUGUCAAUCCAUGUAUCGUUCCUAUUUAUAAUGUUGGGUAUAAAGUGCAUCACUGCUCUGAUGUAUAUACCCACAUCUAUAUCAUACUAUUUUUACGUACUGACAACAUUUAGGAGAUUUCUCUUAUCUAGAAUAUACUUUGUAUGACGUUUUUGUAAAAUCCCUUCGAUGUUUUUUUAAACGUAUUUGACUGCACCUACAUACAACUAGAAAGUUGACGUGCGCAAUAAAUAGUGAGCAGUGAUGCGAGACUCGAGAGAUACCCCUCGCCUUAUAAGUGACUAUGUGGAUGAGAUCAUUAUUUUUGUACAGAAGAAAAGUAAAAUAAACUUUGUAAGGCACUUGUCCCACCGGCAACGAUUAACGAGUAACGAGUAGAGCUAGAACUAGAAACGAGUUAGCGAGACGCGGGGAGCGAGUGCGUAGUUCCGAUAUUUGUGUAGCUCGGCUAUAAUCGAGUGUGCGUGUGAGGUGGGCGAGUAAUCGCAUCACUCGCACGCUAGAUACGCACUGUAGAGAAAUGACCACUGGUUGCUCUCUCGGCGUGAGUUCUAAACGCUUGGCGAGUGUCGCCGAGCGAGUGUUAUCUUCCAUAGAUUUUGUCGCUCAGCGACAAACUGGUGAAGCGAGUGCUCGCCGGCAGUGUGAACAGUCAGCGAUCAACUAUUUGUAUAUGCAUCUCUUUUAUUCACACGGAAAGUAUAUCUAUUGUACGUUUCUUGAGCGAGAAAAUAGCCGAUAGUUAGUCGUUUUCUCGUCUUUGGUGGGACAACUGCCUAAAAUAUGAAUUUACGUAAUUUUCAAUUAUUGUUACAGGUAGUUGUGCUUGUUUUAUAAUUAUGUUAACAUUCCACUAUUUAGUUGUAUGAUUAUCUAGAAAUAAAACCAAAUCAUAAAUA